AUGCCUGCUAACUCAUACGAGGUAUCACUGUCCUCUGUAGCGCAAUCGGCUCUUUGGUGGUCGAAAAAGUAUAGCAUGGGUCACCGUGGCUCUCACAACAGCCCUCUGGGCUCUACCACCAAUCUCUCGGCCAGGCAUGUCACCAACACCCUGCAGGUCUCGAUCAGAGGAGUGAGGCGUUCUGCUGUGCCCUCGCGGCGAUCCCACUCCUGGUUUCUUUUCUCUCGCUCCUUGUCUCUCCCUCACACCUUCUCCUCAUGUACGGAUGUACCCGAGAACUGUGACCUUCCACAGAGCAGGGAGUUGAUCUUAGACCAACUCGAGGCGUGGUAUUUGCGAAGCUCAGUGGGGAGCCCCAGGGGGGGCGUGGGCCUCUUUAGUUUGCUUGGCUUCUCAGCAGAUCAGACGCUCCUCACAUCUGCAAGACCUGUUGACAAAUUCUCCUCAGGCUGUCGACUGAACGGCCAGGCACUUUUGCGGGUGACACUUGAUCAGGGACAUCGACUGCAGCUCGUCCGUAUUGUGGCUCAACGACAUGUACCCCCCUCGAGCGCGAUAUGGCUCUAG